UCAAAAUCCAAAACCCAGAAUGAAGGACAGCCACCCAAAUCCGUGGCUUCAGAUCUGUCGUGGGGCUCCAAUCUCUGUCUCUUCUUCCGAAACCCAUUCCACCUAUAAUGUUGUAAUGCAUCUUCUCCAAAUUUCUAGAUCAAUCUCUCGUCCCUACUAUUGCUACCAUUAGUACUGGUGGCAUCAUCCACUGCAACUUCGCCAUGCUCUCUCUCUCCCUCUCGACGCCAAUCCACCAUUUCUUCUUCAUCUCAGACUCCUCCAAUGGCCAACCUUCUCACCACCUCUUUUCCAUUCUCUUCUUCUUCUUCUUCCUCUUCGAUUUCUAUCAAGAAACUGAACGUAAUUUCUCUGCCUCCUCCUCCUUCUAAGACCCACCUUUCCUUCUCCUUGUCCUCCAAAAGGUUCGCCAAAUUCAUCGUCAAAGCCGAGCAAGAAGCUGAGCCCACUUCCAAAUCUUCUUCGUCUUCCGUGGCUGUAGUUUCCGAGAAGCCCGAAACAGAGGGUGAAGAAGAGAAACAGUUGGAGGCUGAGGAGAGAGAGAAGCAGCAGGAAAUGGACUGGAAGAGUGACGAGGAGUUCAAGAAGUUCAUGGGUAAUCCCUCCAUUGAAGCCGCCAUAAAGCUUGAGAAGAAGAGGGCCGAUAGGAAGCUCAAGGAGCUCGACAGGGAAAGCAGUGGCAAUCCAAUUGUGGGGUUGUUCAACAGACUGGUUCGUGACAAUUUGACCAGGGAGAAGGAGAGGUUGGAGAAAGCUGAGGAGACCUUCAAGGCUCUUGAUCUUAACAAGUUGAAGAGCUGUUUCGGGUUCGACACAUUCUUUGCAACAGACGUCAGGAGAUUUGGAGACGGGGGAAUUUUCAUUGGGAACUUGAGGAAACCAGUUGAAGAAGCCAUACCUAAAUUAGAGCAGAAACUCUCAGAAGCAGCCGGCAGGCCGGUUGUGUUAUGGCUAAUGGAGGAAAAGACUAAUGACAUUACAAAACAGGUUUGUAUGGUGCAACCAAAAGAAGAGAUGGACCUGCAGUUUGAAACAACUAAGCUGAGCACUCCUUGGGGCUAUUUCAGUGCAGUGGUUCUGUGUGUUGCAACUUUUGGGACAAUAGCUUUGAUGAGUGGCUUCUUCCUCAAGCCUGAUGCUACUUGGGAUGACUAUGUAGCUGACGUCGUGCCUCUCUUUGGUGGCUUCCUCUCCAUUUUAGGAGUUUCUGAGAUAGCCACAAGGGUAACAGCAGCUCGAUAUGGAGUUAAACUCAGCCCAUCUGUCCUUGUGCCAUCUAAUUGGACAGGAUGCUUGGGAGUGAUUAAUAACUAUGAGUCUUUGCUGCCUAACAAAAAGGCACUUUUCGACAUUCCUGUCGCGCGCACAGCCAGUGCGUAUCUGACAUCCUUGGUACUUGCUAUUGCUGCUUUCGUCGCGGAUGGCAGUUUUAAUGGUGGCGACAAUGCAUUGUAUAUAAGGCCUCAAUUCUUUUACAAUAACCCCUUGCUUUCCUUCGUCCAAUUUGUAAUUGGACCAUAUUCGGAUGAUCUUGGGAAUGUGUUGCCCUAUGCGGUUGAAGGCGUGGGGGUUCCGGUCGAUCCCCUUGCUUUUGCGGGACUCCUAGGGAUGGUGGUGACUUCUUUGAACUUGUUGCCUUGUGGAAGACUAGAGGGAGGCCGAAUUGCACAGGCCAUGUUUGGGAGAAGCACUGCUACGUUGCUAUCUUUUGCCACUUCACUUCUUCUAGGCAUUGGGGGUCUGAGUGGAAGUGUCCUUUGCUUGGCAUGGGGACUCUUGGCAACCUUCUUCCGGGGUGGGGAAGAAGUGCCGGCAAAGGAUGAGAUCACUCCCCUGGGAGAUGACCGGUACGCUUGGGGCAUCGUACUUGGCCUCAUCUGUUUCCUCACUCUCUUCCCUAAUGGUGGGGGGACGUUCUCUAGCUCGUUUUUCAGUGCCCCAUUUUUCAGGAACGAUCUGUAAAUAGUCGACACACGAUUCUCUACCUCUCUCCCCCUCUCCCAUCUCUCAGUCUAGGCAAGCCACAGUUGAAUUCCUAUGUACAAUGUGAUAUAUUCACAUCUUACUUGUACUAGAAAAUGAAAUUGUAUAUGAUCCUUGCAUUAUCUUAUGUAAAAUUUUCCUG